AUGAUGGAGCUAGACCACUUCAUCCUUUGGGCGCACCACGUGUGGACGGAUCCAUCGUCGCGUCGCCUUGUGCGAGCAUGGAAGCCUUUCAACGGACUCCAGCUCUAUGAUCCAGAGGCCUGGGAGGACGAUGUGGCCGAUCCCUCGGUCUUCGAUUCGCCACCAGAGAUUUGCAAGAAGGGCCAGCGUUCCGUGCGCAUCAACUGUGAUGAUGAGGGCAACUACCAUCCGAAGAAGAUGGACAACAAGCACGUCCUUGACUCCCUGUUGCAAAGGGCACUCUCCCAUGGACCACAUGGCAUUGCCAGCUAUGCUGCUGGUCUGUGG